CACGGUAGUUAGAGGACGAAACGGAUUGGUGGAACCGUUUUAGCCAGACUCUGGGAUUAUAUCCGAGCAGCUACCUGCAGAGGGGAAAGCUGCGCUUCCACAUUAAAGAACAUGUUGCUCAACAGUCAGUUCAAGGGUUGGACACAAACAUCAAACAGACAUGUGACAUUAGUAUGUAGUUUUGAAGGGACCUAAACUUUGAUGGAUGUACCACGAAGUAAGUUCAACAUAGCCAGUUUGGAUUAGCUGGCUCGUCAAAACCUGAAAUCCCAGACAGGUGGACUUCCAAACAUGGAAGAAGAGUUGUUGAUAGGCUGGCAGGAAGAGAAGCUGCAUCUUAAACAGGAGGUGUGUCGGCUGCAGGAGGAGCUGGCAGAGAGUCAUGCUGAAAAAGAUGAGCUGGAGUCCAGGAACAGAGCUCUGAAGGACAGGCUGUGCCGGUCGUUGUCUCCCUCACUUGCUCUCUCUCUGCAACUAGAGGGCGAGCAGAGGGAAUGGAAGAAGAAGGUAAGGGAGGGGAGAGAGAGGGAGGCCAGGCAGGCCCUGCUGAUCCAUAGGCUCCAGAACAAGGUGUUGGAAUACAGAGAACGAUGUCAGCAUUUAGAGCUUCAGCUGCAGGAUAAUCAUACACAGAUGCUCAGCACUGAGAGAAUCAUAGAUGACUCUCUGGAAAGCGCUCUUCUCAGACUGGAGGAGGAACAACAGAGGUCAGUCAGUUUAGGUGACACCAAUAGUCUCCUUUGCAAGCAACUUGUCCAAUCAGAGCAGGCCAACCAGGCCCUGAAGGAGAACCUCCAGAAGCUGACGAAUGAUUGGAUGACAGCUGUGGAGGAGGCAGAGCAGCGAGAGGCUGAUUUGCAGAAAGAGCGAGAGCGUCGGCUGUGUCUCGUGGGUGAGCAGCAGGCUCGGCUGCUGUCUAUCUGGAGAUCUGUGGCUGCUCUGAGACGAGACUGUCACGCUAUGAAAACGGCUGCUGACAGGGACCUGUGGCAGCUGAGGGCCGAGUUUUCUCGUCUCUCAUCCGUUCUCCUCUCCAGCUGUGACUCUGUCUCCUCCUCUCUGAGGCUCAGCACACUUCACAUUAAUCCUCUCUCCUUCUCCUCUGUUUCUCCCCCUCUUCUCACUCCCCACUUCCCUCCCAUUUCAUUCUAUUCUCCCCCUCCGUCCUCCGAUCUGGCCCUCUGUCCUCCGAACUCUUCUGCACCUCCUCUCCUCUCAUCAUCCACAAUGCAAAUCUUUUCUUUGGGAGAGUUGGAACACAAAGAGGAGAAGGAUGAGGAAAGGAGGGACGAGGAAGAGCAAGACAUUCCAGAGGUGAAGUCUGUUCAGCAGACUCAAGUUUUACAGCUGCAGCAGAGGAUUGAGGCGCUCGCUGGCUCACUGCAGACAGAGGUCAGUCUGAGGGAGGAGAGAGAGAGGGAGGCUGAGAGACAUAGAGUAAUACAGAGAAGCCUGCAGUCUGUGAGCCAUGCUGUGAUCAAACUGUCCAGAGUCCUGACCUCAACCAGCAGUCAGUCGCUGAACAUCUCCUCAGAGGGUGUCCUUAGCCUGGAUCUGUCCUGCUUGCUUUCCGUCCUGUCUCAGACUGAGAGCGCCCUACAGUGGAGAAAUGAGGAAUUACAGGGGGCACAGCGAUCUCUGCAGCAGCUCGGUGAGCAGAGAGCAGCCCUGCACCUGCGACUGAAGCAGCUGGAGGACAACAACCAGCAGCUACACGAACACACACAACAACAGCAGCAGGAGCUUGGCCACAUUAUGGACGUACUGAGCAGAGAGAAGGAGACGGCAUCCUUCCUGCGUCUGCAGGUCGAGGAACUGCAGAGGAGGGAGGAAGAGCUGAGGAGAGAAAAUCACAGACUGAGAAAGGAGAAGGAUGAACAAGAGGAGAGAAACAGACAGCUGCAGACAGAAAUGCGCAGACGAGUUGAGACUGAGGUGUUGGAGAACGUCCAGCUGACAAAGCGGGAGACUGUGACCCAAGCAGAAAUUUAUAGUCUGAAGGGAGCACUAGAGAGGGAGCAGCUGGACAAGCAGCGAGCAGAGGAAGAUGCUUCUGAUAUGAGAGAUGCCUUACAGAAGUCCAGGGAGUGCGUGUCGCGUCUGUCGAUGCAGGAGAGCGCAUUAAGACAGGAGGUGGAGGAGGGACGGGAUGCGCUAGACAAGCUGUCCGCCCUGAACUCUUCUUUGGCCUCAGACAAGAGAGAGCUGCACAAACAGCUGCUGCAGCUGGAGUCUGCGCUGUCAGAGGGCCAAUCACAGCUGCAGGCUCAGAGGUCACAAGUCAGUUCUCUGGAGAGAGAAGUCAAAACCCUAAACAUGGAUUUCAGCAAGCUCAGUGUGAAUUGUGCUGUGUCUGUUAGAGUACAGAGAGAGGCAGAGGAAGAUGCUGUUCAGCAGCUGAGAGAACGAGAGACAGAGCCGGAGGAAGACGGGAGGUUUCCCUCCGUGGGUGAGAGACAGGGGGCUGGACGGCAGUUGGAUGAGCUGUCCUUUCAGCAUGCCACGAUGUGUGAGGAGCUGAAGGAGGUGCAGGACCAGCUGGGGCAAGCAAUGGAGGAGGUGAAAAAUAGGAGCAUACAACAGCAGGAGCAGCUCAGAGAGAGUAGGCGCCUACAAGAGGAGCUGGAUAGUCUGCAGAAACACAAGGAGCAGCUCGAAGUUGAUCUGCAGGAGAUCCGGUCUCUGUCGCUGUCUGCCCACCAGCAGCUCAGUGAGCAGCAGAAGCAUCUCUCACAGUCAGAGGUGGAAAGAUGUCAGCUGAACACACACAUCCACACUCUGAAGCAGGCCAAAGACACCUUACAUGGGGAGAUCCGGUGUCUGAGAGGUGAGCUGGAGGAGAUGAUGUCCAGGGCAGAAGAUGAGAAGAAGAGGAGGGAGAUGAGUGAGGAGGAGAAGAAGGCACUGCAAGAGGACAUGGAGAGGAUGACAGAGGAGAUAGAGAAACUGAGAAGGAGAAGAAGAAGGAGGGAGGAGAUGGAGAGGAAGGAUGAGACGGAGGCCGAACAGGAAGAAAGGAGUUUUUUUAGUGAGAACUCGGGGAAAAGAGAAGGAGCUGAGGUGCUGAGGAAUUACAUUGAGGGAUUAACUGAGGAGGUGGAGGAGAGGCAAAGAGAAGAGGAGAAAAUGAGGAAGGAGGUAAUAGAGAUGAAGACUCAAAUCAACCUUAUGAUAGAAAGAGUACAGCGAUUAGAGGGAGAGAAGGAGGAACUGGAAGAGGAGCUAAAGAGGACAGAGGAAAGGCAGAGAGAGGAGAAGGAGUUUUGGGAGGAGAGGAGAAGAGAGGAGACGAAGCAGAGGGACAGAGAAGUGGAAGCCCUCUGUGAGCGGAUGGAGAGAUUAAAAAGGGAGGAGGAAAGAGAGAAGAAGGUGGACCAGCUGAGGACAGAAGCAGAGAGGGACAGAUGGAGGGUGAGAGUGGAAGAACAAGAGGAGGAGAUUAACAGACUGAAAAAAGAAAUCUCAACAUUACAAGAGGAUGAAAGGAGAAAGAAAGACAAACUGCUAGAGGAGAAGGAGGAGGUGGUUGCAAAGCUGCUCGAGAAGCUAAAGGAGAAAGCAGCGGAGGCAGAGCUGAUGACGCAAAGGCUGAAUGUGGCCAAUGAGAAGUUUAAUGAAGUUAAGGCGGAGGCGAAAUGUAAGGAGCAGAGCCUGGAAUUACAGGUGAGGGAAAGAGAAGAAGUAGUGGAGGAGCAUCGGGAACAUCUGAAGGAGGGGGAGGAGGAAGGAGAGAGAGACCAUCAAGAGGUGAAUGCCAGACUAAAGCAAAAGGAGGUAAGGGGGGACCACCUGGAAGGAAGUUGGAAGGGUAUGGAAAAAGAUGACACGAUCUCCUCCCAGGUUAGGGAGCUACAGGAGGGACAGACAAAGAGCGAGGGAGCAAGGAAAAGAGUAAAAGAAAUGGAGGAAGCCCGUGACAGGCUGCAGGUGGAGAUAAAGCAGUGGCAGGAGAGAGCAGAACACAGCGAGAGUGAGGCUACAAAGCUUAACCAUAUCUGUGUGGAGCAAGAGGAGGAGGUGCAGCGGUUAAGAGCUGUACUGGAGGAGAAGGAAGAGGAGAGAAGAGAAUGGGAGGCACUAAGUAGAACUGAGAAAGAAAACACGAGGAGACUGCAAAGUAAGCUGAUGGAGGUUGGGGAGGAGAAGAAGAGAUUAGAGGAGAAACUUAGGGAGGCCGAGGAAGAGAAAGAAGCACUUAGGAGAGCUGGGGAGGAGACAAAAAGGCUGAAGGAACAACUGUCGGAGGUAGAAAGUGACAUGAAGGACCAAAGAGAGGAGCUGAGGAAGAUGUUUGAGGAGAAGAGGAGACUGGAGAACACACUAAAGGAAGUUGAGGAGGCGAUGAAAGGAAAAAUGGAUGAGCUGAUGAUACUGAGGGAAGAGAAGAAACGUCUGCAGGAUAAAUCGAUAGAGAAGGGAACAGAAGCUGAUGGACAAAUGAGAACGAAAGAGCAGCAAGCCAGGCUGCUGGACACCGAGGAGGAAGAGGCAUCGGCUCUUAGGAAGGAAGUGCAGAAGGAGAUGGAGAGAAGCAAUCUAGAGAUGUCGGUGCUUAGGGAGGCGGUACAAAAGGAGAAAAGAAGGAAGGAGGAGGCACAAGAUGAGCUGUUAAAAUGGAGAGAAGAAGCACAAUAUCUCAGAGAGGUGUGGGGAGAGGAGACGCAGGAAGAGCUGAGGACGACUAAGAUGGAGUUACUGGUUAUUAAAAAAGAGCUGCAAAAAGAACAAAAUGAGAAGGAGCAGAUAAAAGAGAAGCUACGGAGGACGGAGGAAGAGGUGACAGCUCUCAAGGAGGAAGUGCAGGAGAUGGAAAAAAAUAAGCUGACAAAGACGAAAGAUGAAUUUCCUCAGAAGGAGAUGAGAGGAGUGAAGCAGAGCGUGGAGGUGAUGGUGCAAAACUCCCUGCAGAGUCAGGUGGACACUCUGAGUCAGAGCACAGAGGAGAUGGGGCAGGGCAGGGAUGGAAUCGGAUUAGCUCGAUCACAGCAAACAGAUGCAGCUUUGAUGGGCUAUAAAAGGAGAGCCCAGCAGGAGGAGCAGAGCCCAGUGGCCACGUCUGAUACAAAGGGUUUGAAGGAGAGACUGAUGGUCCUGCAGAGUCUGGUGGCUGAACUGGAACUGGAUCAGAAACGACUGAAUAAGAAAAACUUUCAUCUGGAAAAUCAGAAAGACAAACUGAAAAGAGCGACACACACACUGAGAGAGACGCUGCAACAGGUGGCGGAAGAGCGGUCGAGGCUCAGACAGCAGCUGAGUGAGAGCAUGCAGGGGUCUUUAAACAGCACAGACGAGCAGCAACUGAGGAGCAAAGUGAGGGAGCUACAGGACCAGGUGACGCAGCUCCAGUUUGCACUGGCUGUCGGUCAGCAACAAAGGGCAGAGUUCAUUCAGCAGUCCUCCAGAAACAGCCAGUCAAUGCUCUCUCUGAGACUUGACCUCAGUGAUUCACUAGCAACUAUCACACAACAUCCAAUCCCAUCCAUCCUAGAGUCUGAGACACAGCGAUUGGACCGUAGCAUGAGGGAGGAGGAGCUCAGAAUGUCCUUCAGCCAGCUGUGAAAAUUCACGACCACAUGUUCUUAAUUACUUUACACUCAUUAAGUUGAGUUGUAGAGCUGUCUUGGAUUGGCUUCGUCCCAUCGUCUCCAUUUAAACUCUUCUCUGUGAGCUCUUUACCUCAUGUUUAUUUAUUUAACCUUUAUUUAUACAGGCAGUCCCACUGAGACCUGGUGUCUCAUUUACAAUAGAAACACGUGUCCCACAGGUUCUGCCACGUACUCAUCCAAAUCGAGCUCUAACUGUCAGAGGAUUCGAAGCAACUAAUGAAAUCAGCCAAUCAGAAUACAAAGGGAACUGAUGCACAAUACACCUGCUUUUCUCACUAUUAAAGCCAAAACAACCUUUUCUGCAUUUGUUAGAAUACACACAGAAUUAACACGAUUUAAUAACAGGUCUGGUGACUAUUGCUGCAUUUUAAACAUUACUACGGUCUUCUUCUGUGACCUUAUGGUUUCUUUUCUCUGCAUCACACAAAGCAAAGAAACUCUUAUUUUGGUUCCUUCAAAUUAUUUUCAGUGUUUCUGCAUAUUUAUUCUUCUGUUUUUGUUCUGUGGUUAUACUGGUCAUAUUUCACAUGCUGGCACUUUAAUAUUUUUGUCUCAUUUUAUUACCAUUCUUUCUGUAUACAGCCAUGUAAUAACAACGGCACCUUUUUACAGUCACAAAGCUUCACAAGCUGUUAAACGUUUACAGUCCAACAAUGCCGCUUAUUUAUAUUUGUGUUUGUUUUAAUGAGCAGCUCUUCCUCGAGCAUAAACCCAGACUCACCUGAGUCAGAGUGGCUCAGGUGAGUCUGGGCCAUCAUGUUGUCUUUUCUAGAUCCAAAAGUGGCAAUUUUUAACACUACCUUAUUAAGGUGGCCACCCUAAUUACCAAGAUGUAUUUAAAUUGCACAGGUGUAAGGUGUACCCAUUUAUACUGAGUACUAAUAUUAAUAAAAUAAUAGUCACUCUGCAAAACUGAAGGAUCAUGGAUGCAAUGUUGACAGCAGCUGUGAUACUUGGACACAGAUUAAUCCAGAACAAGUGUCAGAAUUGGCCAGUCUAAGGGGAAGUGCCACUAAAUGUUUGCUCAAACCCUGAAAUACAUUGCAUUGCCUUUCCCACAGUCCUCCAGUCUGAGCUUACUCAGGCUCAUGUUGAAGUCAAAGAUCAACUCGUGGCGUGUAUUUGUGUGUACACGCACUCGAGGAAGAGUCCCGGGAGAGAGCUGCACCUGAAUCAGCUGACUGGCCUUCCAGUUCAUUUCCUGUUUUGUAAAAUCACUGUCAGAGUGCGUAGAAGAGUAAAUUAACUUGCACAAGUUUACAUUUUUACAAAAACUGAAAUCCCAGAUUUAUGAUAAUUUGCUGUUUUUAGUACUUAACAUGAACACUUUUAUAGUUAUUCAUUUAUCAACAUAUAAGAGCGGAGACAGCGAUGACAUCACACAUUUAUUAUCAUCUCGUCUCAUUUUCUGUUACACAUUAAUCAUGAGUGGUUUGUCUUAUAAGCUGACUGAUGGAAAAUUGUCACAGUUGGAUCUUAGAGAUGUAAACAUGAGGCUCAAAUGACUUUAAGACUAAUGCUGAACUAAACGUGUGUAAAGUGACAUAUUAAAUGCAGCUGCAGACACUUUGUUCUGAACUUUUCACAGUUUGAGGUUCAGUCUUUAAAUGCAGCUGUGAUGCCCAGCCCGGAUAGCUUUAGUUUUGACUUAACAGCUACUUUUAAAAGUUAUUUGUAUUUUAUAAUAAAAUUAUUCUAAAGUUGUCAAACAUUUUAUGUUCUCUGAAUGUUGAAUUCACAGAAUGAUACUGAAAUAAAUCAUAAAUGCUA